GUUUUUUUUUUUUUUUUGAAGGAAUUUUUGGGAAUGCAUGUAUGGCGCAGUGGUUGUUCGCAUAGUUUCAUGACGACAGUCGGUAGUGAUCAUUCAGGAUUCAUGCAUCGAUAGAGUGUAGCCGCAAUGAAUUCGAAUCGUCGGAGGAAAAAGCGUGUGAGCCAUGGCAUUAGAGCGGUGGACAUUCGCCGUGGACGAAAUGGCUUCGGAUUCACAAUUUCGGGGCAAUUCCCUUGUAAACUCAGCUGCGUUGUUCCAGGAAGUCCAGCGGAUGAGGUUGGACUUAAACAAGGAGACUAUCUCAUAAGUGUCAAUGGCAACAACGUCGUGAAGACUCUACACGAUGAAGUUGUUCACCUGAUUGGUACAUCACAGGGAUCUUUGCAUCUUCAGAUUUCCGAAAGCUACUUCUCAGAUACAUCUGAUGAAGAUUGCCCGCCGGCGACUCGUGUUCGUCCUCGCUACCCCGGUUCUCGGGUUCGACAUCGUCAUAAAAUCGCCUCCAUGAGUCACCUAGAUGGAGCAUCAUUUUCCCGAUCUGCGAACGGUGUGGACCAAUUUGGCUUUAAUGAAACCGUUGGUCAAAAUUAUCGAGGUUACCAUGCACUCAGUGAAUCUUUCUUACACCCUUUGCGUCGAAGCCCUCGAAAGCGUGAUCGAAUCAUAGCCGCGAGUCGCGGCAGGCUCAGCUUGGAUGUAGAUUCUCAGCAGUCCGCCGAAUACUCCCGCACCAUUCAAAACGAGGAAAUUCUCAUGCGAACUGUCGUGGGUUACUUGGGAACUAUUGGAAUGCCUAAAGAUACGCACAUGAUUCCGAAUUCUCGCCUUCAAGCCGUACGAAGCUGCAUUCGCCGCCUGCGUGUCGAGAAGAAAGUUCACACCCUCGUACUGUUCUCGAUAUUGCGGGAGAAAAUAAUCCUGCAGAAUCCACAUGGAAUGAUUCUUGCUUCGUAUCCGUGUGACCGCGUGACGUUUUGCGGAGCAUAUGCCGACGAUGACAAGUUUUUCGGCAUUGUAACUCGUAGUUCUUCCAGUGAUGCCGAGGGAUCCUCUGCGACAGCAUCUCGCAGAGUCAGUGCUUCCAGUUCGUGCCAUGUGUUCAUGGUCGACGCGAAAAUGCAUUCGCAUCCUGAUCAUGUGAAGAGAGCUCGUGCAUUCCGCAUUGAAUGCACGCGAUCGGAGGAAGAAUCAUACCAGUGUGCUGAAUUCCCCUUGUCGGCUGGCCCAAUACUGCAAGCAAUCGUCAAAGUCUGGGGGAAAUCCAACCCAACCGACACUUCAUCAGCUCCAGGAUUAAUCAAUGCCGAUUCUCCUUCCGUUCAUGAACCGAACGCUUCUCCUCAGCCAAGCCUCGCGAGCAACUCGAGCAAUUCCGAUUCCGGCAUAGGGUUCCGUGAUGACGCGCUUUCCUGUGCUGAUCGGGAAGGUGCUUGGGAUUAUUCAAAUUGUUUGGGAGCCGAAGCAUUUCCCAUAGAAUUGGAAUCGAGGCCUCGGACUUCUUUUGCUUGUGGCUCUAUGGACCGAAGAUUUGCAAAGGGCGCGUCUGAAUCUUCUCUUGUUGAUAAACUGUGCGUGAGAGCGAUGCCGACUUCACAGACAGGCUCACCGUUGACAAAACCUAUGGAUAGGCUAAGUGCACAGGUUUACAUUUCUCCAAAAGUGAACUUGAACUUUACGCGGAGCCUGGAUGAUAUUCGUGACCAAACGGACGACUCUCGACGAUGUGCAUCGGAAGACUUCGAGUGUAUAACGUUUCCUUUGGAUUCCUCGAGAAUGAUGUCGCGAUUCGGAGUCUCCACGAGUUUUCAUGGAUCAGAGAGCAACCUGAGCGUGAGGACCGAUGAGAGAAGUGAUGUAAAAGCGUCGAAUCGAAACAAACGAUACUCCAUGCUCCCUUACCCGGGAUACUGCGAGCUUGCGGCUCACGAUCUGCGGCGAAUGUUCGAUGUUGUCUGGAAUUUGAAACUCGUGCAACAUUUAAAAUUUGAAGCUGUUGGUUCUACGAAACAAGCGGACAAGGCGGAACGAUUCCGGAUUUUAGGAAAUGAGUAUUUCAGGGGAAAGAAGUACGAUGAAGCGCUCAAAGCGUACAACGUUGCCGUACUACACGCUUCAAAAGAAGAGUUGCCGUUGAUCUACUCGAACAGAUCCUUUCUGUUGUUGAAAACCUCUCGUUGGAGCCAGUCUUUGGUGGACAUUAACCGAGUUCUCAGUUCGAAAUUGAUGAAAUCGAGGGAACACAAACUGUUGCAGAGAAAAGCAGAAGCCCAGAUGCGGCUCGGCUGGUUUUCGGAAGCGAAAUCGUCGCUGCAGCUCGCGUUGGAGGCUUUAGCUCGGUCUGACCUAAAUGCCGAUGAACGAGAACGUGACGCGCAAAUUAUUGCGGAGGUUAUAUCCAGCGUCGACGCGGAGGACCCAGAAGACUGGGCAGAUUUUUGCGGCGCAGAAUUGAAUUUGUUCCGAAAAUCUCGCGGGAAAUUGAACCCUGUACCUUGGGAUCCGUUGCGAGAUGCUUUACCCCGCGAUCAAAGAAAUACGGUGUACCCUUGGCUGUCCAAGAAAAUCGAUUUGGCUAUCAAUGAACAACUGGGAAGACAUCUAGUAGCGCGGGACCGAAUUCAACCGGGAGAGGUUUUGGUUGCUGCGGAACCGAGCAUAUUUGUUCUUAGUCCUCGGAACUGGGCGACUCACUGCACACACUGCAUGUCAUUUUGCUACACUGGCAUUCCUUGCGAUGACUGUUGCAUGGCGUUGUUUUGUUCGGAAGACUGUAAAGACGCUGCUCGUGCCUACCAUCAAUACGAAUGUCGCAUUAUCGGCAACAUUGAAACGUCGAUCGGAUCCGACGUUGAAGCCGAACUCGGUCUUUUCGCGAGGCUCCGGAUAAUUUCCUCGCAAACCCUCGGAACUCUUUUGUCUUUGCGUACGAGACUGGUUGAAUUUUAUGACGAAUUCGCGUCCGGGGACGGGCUGGUGUUGCCGACCAAGUCCUUCCUGCCGUCUGGCCGAGACUUGGAGGGGUACUUCGCAAUUCACUGCCUGCAAUGGAUGCGGAUGGUCGAUAGACACGCGUUGUAUGCGAAAGCGGUCGAAGCUGCGGGUUUGUUGAAAUUGUUGGCGGCCAGCGGGUUUUUCGGCGCCGUGGGAACGGAGGUGGCCGACGCGCAGCGAUUUGUUGGCUGGCUUCUCUUUAUUCAUUGCGUUGCCGCCAGGCACCAGGUGUACAACGUGACCGAGGUGUUGGUGCCCCCGGGCGGCGUGGAGCACUUGACGAGCCGCGACUUGGGUCUGUCCAUCACGCCCGUCGUGAACUUCGCGAACCACGCUUGCUUCCCCAACGCCGCCUUGAUGUUCACGGGGAAACGGACGUGUCGCGUGGUAGCCUUGCUUCCGGUGGCGCCCGGCGAAGAGGUCACUUUGGCGUACACGCACCAGGCCCAUUCGUGGCCGCGGUCCGAGCGUCGCCGAGUCCUGCUGGACGAUUGGGGUUUCCGUUGCGAGUGCGUCGCGUGUGUGGACGACUGGCCGUCGGUGUGGCAGUGUCCGACGAGGAUUGCGUUCCAGUGCCCCGUGUGUCGAGCGCCCAUCGAAGAUUUGGCGAAAGUGGACGACGAGUGUUGUUCGUGCGGGGCGAGCAUGAGAACCGAGCUGGAUCGGCUGGCGACCGCCUUCAGUUCCGAAGGCGGCGUUUUCAACGUGCGCGUACCCGUGCUGGAAGGCACUUCCGGGACGGAGCUGGUGUUUUUGCGCGACGCCAAGGAAAAGCUGUACGCGGAGUCGGAUACGGCGGCGACUAGUCGGAUCGUCACCGGCUUCCUGGGCAACGCGUACGCCAUGCUGGCCAAACCGUGCAAAUACGUGUCUGAAGCCGCGUUCCUACUGGAGCUCUGCCUCACGCUCCAGUCGCGGUUUGUGCGCUCUGAGCGACUCUGAUUCUCUCCCUUACCUCUCUCUCUCUGAUCAAAGCGUG